UCUCUUGUCAUAAAUCCUCUAGUGCUGGGAAAGCGUCUAAGUAUAGGCUACCCUCGAGCAUCUCAGCCUUAACAUUCAAUGAAGCUGCCGAACACUUAUCGCCCCCUCCUUGCCUCGAUGAGGCUGAGGUGUUGGGCCUCCUGGAUACCAUCUGUAUGUAUUGCUCACUGCCUGAUGGCGAGCGCUUUGGGACCGGCAAGGCUCGUGGCAAAUUACAUGCGAACCAUCAACAACCAGGCAACACUCGAUGAGUUUGUUCCGGCGUCGAUAGUUGGUCGCCUUUUCGGCUCAUUUAAAAGCGUGCCAGAUUUCUCAGGAUGCCUCGUGCUGUAGUCCCACAAGGUAUUCUGUUAUUUAUUCUCAAAUGUGGUACUCAUAAUGGUAAACCAAACCAACUCAUCGUUUGGGUUUGCAGGAUACUCCUCUCAGACGCUACGAUCAUUUUCUCCGCUUCCAGAUCUAGUCGCUCCCCUGGCGGCAUUCACGGGUGUCAACUCCGAUACGUUACUGCUGGUGUCGUUCAUUUUCUUUGCUCUUCCAUCCUCUGCCAUCUACUUCUUUAGAGCGGCCCUCGACCAUGUGCUCGACUACAUCACUUCUACCGUCUACAUUAGGGAAGAUGAUGAAUUAUACACCACAUUCAUGUCGUGGCUCCUGAAGCAUGACAGUUCCAAGUCUAUUCGUUGUGGAGAGAUUUACUCCGACCGGUCGGAAGGGGCUUGGUGGACGGACGAUGCAAAGUACGAUGAUUUCGAAAAUGCCGCGCUCGCGGAUCUGAACCGGCCAGUCAUGAAUUUUUCCGAGAUGAACGCUCUGAUUCCGCCUUCUCUCAGUCCGUAUUUCAAUACCGAAAACCGAAUCUGGCAUAAUCGAAGGUUGUUCCUCAUCACGAGAAUACGCCGUCUGGCAGGAAGAGAUGAAAGGGAAGUCGAGGAAAUCCGAAUCCGCACCGUGGGCUUGACGACCAAAUCCAUUUUGUCACUGCUUGUCGAUGUUCAGGAGUGGAAUGCCAAGGAAAACUCGGAUUCCGCAUCCACCUCGAUCUACUGUAUCGAGACGCGGGGAUACGUAUUCUGGCGCCGCGCCGGGGAACGUCCCUCUCGACCGUUAAGCACCGUUGACAUGGAUGAUGACAUGAAAUCCACCAUCGUCUCGGAUAUGAACGACUUUUUCCGACCGAAAUCUCGGUUGUGGUACGCACGUCGCGGAAUUCCAUAUCGACGAGGUUACCUAUUAUCAGGUCCACCCGGCACAGGAAAGUCGAGUCUGUCGUUCGCUCUUGCCAGUACGUUUGGCCUCUCUGUGUAUAUCAUCACAAUCAGAGACCCGGAAAUCAACGACGCAGUCCUGGGUGCUGCCUUCAGAGACCUGCCUGAAAGGUGUUUGGUUCUGCUGGAAGAUAUUGAUUCAGCAGGACUAGGAGAUAAACGUGGCAAGAGAGAGGACGAUUCAGAAGAAGCAUCGAGCACUGGGUCAAGAGUAGGAAAACCCAAAGGCCGUGGGGAAAUCAAGACAUCUGUUACUCUUUCUGGAUUGCUGAAUGCGAUUGACGGGGUUGGAGGCCACGAAGGGCAUGUCCUGCUCAUGACAACAAAUCAUCCGGAAAAACUUGACCCGGCCCUCGUGCGUCCGGGACGUGUGGACUUCCUGGUGAAUUUCAGCCUCGCGACCAGUGUCCAGGUCAAGCACAUCUUCCUACGUAUGUAUCUCGAUGACGCCAGCCCAAUGAAAUGCGCCGAGAAGGAGCGGGACUGGACAGAAUCGGAAUUGAAGGAUUUAUCGGAGCAGUUUGCCGCACAAGUGCCGUCGUCCAAGUUCUCUCCAGCGGAAAUCCAGAACUUCUUGAUCACAAGGAAGCGAGAGCCCCAGAGCUCCGUAGAUGAGAUUGGGACAUGGGUGAAAAAAGCGUUGAAAUCCAAGGCCACAGGAGAGGGUGAGUAAGAACAGAGUAAUGAGGUAGAUCCAUCGUUCCUACGGCGUUCAGAGGUGGCAUGACAGGAUCCAGGGUGUACGCUUUCUCGACGAGACGAAUAACAUGAUGACCAAACUACGAAGACCAAAGCGAGAAAGUGUGCUUUACAAACAUGGUGUUUAAGUACAAAUUCAAAGUUUCGGCUUUAUACUCCAACUGAUGACCCCACAAUCCAGUCCUUUCGAGCCGCGACAGCGAUAG